GAGGCGGUUCUGCCUGAUGAGCCUGCCACGGCCCCGGUUCCAGCCCCUGUUCUGCCCUCGGCCAUGGCUGAACAGGCAAACCACGACCUACCUGAUGGCUUCUUCCUUCCGUUUUCGGAGGAAGAAGAAUCUGCACUCGCUGCGGCGGAGGCAGCUGCGGACGCAGCGCCCUCUGUCCCCGCGUCCGCAAUGUCGGACACCUUGCCGUCUCCGGGCGGCGCUUGGGAUACGUCUGCCAUUGCGCCGGCGGACGCCACGACACCGGCGGUGGGUCCGGAAUCCGGAUCAGGCUCAUCCACUGGUUGGGCCCCCCCUGGGGAUCUAUAUCAGCCCCACUACUCCGGUUCCGGGAACCAGUGGUCGGGCUAUGCCAGCUCAUCCCCGGCGGUGCCCAUGCCGUCUGUGUUGGUCCGUCCGGGGGCCUCUGAUGGCCAACUGCUGGAUGGGUUGUCCCUUCUGUCUCCGGACAUCCGCCAGCGUCUGUUGACCAUUUUGCAUGCGAUGGAACACCGUCAGGUAGGGCAAGCCCGGGUGGUGCUGGCGUCGCCCCCUGGUCCUCCGCCUGAUGCCCCGCCGCAGUCGCGCCCGGGCCGUAAUCCGGCGCCGGACCCGGCCCCCAAGCGUCGGGCAUUCCCGGAAGCCCAGGAUUUUUGCACCAUCGCGUGCCGCGUUCCCGGCUGUGACCGUCUCUGUGGCCGUCCUCUGACGCCGCGCGGCCACCGGAACCAUGUCUGCCGCCGCUGCCACCGCCGUCGCUAG